GGGUUUUGCUCAGCUCGCUUGGGACUUGCCUGGUCGGCAUUCCCUAACAGGCAGAUUUCAGAUUCCCUGACGCAACCGAUCCUUUUUCCCUGACACCUGAGAGGGAGCAGGCGCCUUGAUCAAGUGCUCUGCUUACCUAGCAAAAGUACCAGUAGUAUUGCUUCCUCCUUGCGUCGUGCGAUCGCGAGAUUGCUUCGUGAGCGUCGUUGCAAUGGCUCCUCCAGCCACCGCCAAAGCUUCCACUGAGGCUCCGCCUCAGGAGGGUGCCAAGAGCCACGUGCGCCGAGACCUGCUGCUGCAGAUUCAGGCGGCGGUGCAGAAGCAGUGGGAGGAGGAGAAGGUGUUUGAAGCCACGGCCAAGGAUGGAGCAGCCCCGGGGUCCGGCCCCCGUGACGACCGCUUCUUUGGCAACUUCCCUUACCCCUACAUGAACGGGCUGCUGCAUUUGGGCCACGCGUUUACUCUGUCCAAGGUGGAGUUUGCAGCGUCCUACCAUCGCCUGCGGGGAGCCAACGUGCUGUUCCCCUUCGGAUUCCACUGCACCGGCAUGCCCAUCAAGGCCUGCGCGGACAAGCUAGCUCGGGAGAUGGACACCUACGGCUACCCGCCCAAGUUCCCCAGUGAGGAGGAGGCGGCCCUUGAGGCGCUGUCCAUUGCGGAAGGCGCUGCAGCCGCUGCAGAGGGCGCAGAGGCCAAGGGGGAGGAGCAGAAGGCUCCCGGGCAGUUCAAGGGAAAGAAGUCCAAGGCUGCUGCAAAGACAGGAACGGCCAAGUACCAGUGGGACAUCAUGCGGUCCAUGGGCAUGACAGACGAGGAGAUCAAGCCCUUCAGGGACCCCGCUCACUGGCUCACGUACUUCCCUCCCAUCGCUGUGGACGACCUCAAGGCGUUUGGGCUGGGCGUGGACUGGCGGCGGUCCUUCAUCACGACGGACAUGAACCCGUACUACGACUCGUUCGCGCGUUGGCACCUGCAGACGCUCUACAACAAGGGCAAGGUGGUGAAGGACAGGCGCUACACCAUCUUCUCGCCUCUGGACGGCCAGCCAUGUGCCGAUCAUGACAGGGCGUCAGGAGAGGGCGUGCUGCCUCAGGAGUAUACGCUGAUCAAGAUGCAAGUGGUGCCGCCACUCACAGGCAAGCUUGAGGCACUUGCGGGCAGAAAUGUCUUUCUUGCGGCUGCCACGCUGCGCCCAGAAACCAUGUACGGGCAGACAAAUGCUUGGGUGCUGCCCGACGGGCAGUACGGGGCGUUUGAAGUGAACGAAGGGGGAGACGUGUUUGUGGUAACUAAGCGAUCGGCGCUGAACCUCUCCUACCAGUUCCUCUCCAAGGAGUUCGGCAAGCCUCACUGCCUGCUGGAGCUGACGGGGCACGACCUGAUUGGCCUGCCUCUCAAGGCGCCCCUCACCCCCAACCCGGUCAUCUACGCCCUCCCCAUGCUCACCAUCCUCACGGAUAAAGGUACGGGAGUGGUGACAAGUGUGCCCAGCGAUGCACCAGACGACUACAUGGCACUGCAAGACCUCAAGAGCAAGCCAGCCUUGCGAGCCAAGUUCAACGUGAAGGACGAGUGGGUGCUGCCCUUUGAGGUCAUCCCCAUUAUAAACAUCCCCGAGUUUGGCGAUGCGGCGGCAGUGAAAGUAUGCCAGGACCUCAAGAUCCAGAGCCAGAACGACAAGGAGAAGCUGGCCGAGGCUAAGAGACUCACUUACCUCAAGGGAUUCACGGAUGGAGUGAUGCUGGUGGGCGAGCUGAAGGGCACCAAAGUGCAGGACGCCAAGCCACAGAUCAAGAAGUUGCUAGUGGAGCGAGGGGAGGCAGUCCCCUACAGCGAACCAGAGAAGAGAGUUACCUCUCGUUCCGGGGACGAGUGCGUCGUAGCACUGACGGACCAGUGGUACCUCACCUACGGCGAGACAGAGUGGCGUGCGCUUGCAGAGGAGUGCUUGGCGGGCAUGCAGCUGUACAAUGAGGAGACGCGGCACGGGUUCCAGCACACGCUGGGAUGGCUGGAUAGGUGGGCGUGCUCGCGGUCCUUUGGCCUGGGCACGCGCAUCCCCUGGGACCCGCAGUUCCUCAUUGAGUCUCUCUCCGACAGCACUGUCUACAUGUCCUACUACACACUGGCGCACAUCCUUCAGGAGGGCGACAUCUUUGGCACGUCGGGCAAGCAGAGCAUCAAACCCGACCAGCUCUCCCACGCCCUCUGGGACCAUCUGCUGCUGGGCGCACCCAAGCCGGCAGACUGCCCGGUUCCCGAUGAUCUGCUGCAGCAUGCGCGGCAGGAGUUUGAGUACUGGUACCCUUUCGACCUGCGGGUGUCAGGAAAGGAUCUGAUCAACAACCAUCUCACCUUCGCCAUCUACAAUCACACUGCCAUGUUCGACAAGGACAAGUGGCCGAGGGGCUUCCGCACCAACGGGCAUCUGCUGCUCAACUCGGAGAAGAUGUCCAAAUCCACUGGCAACUUCAAGACCAUCCGCCAGGCCAUAGAGGAGUUCUCAUCGGACGCCACUCGCUUUGCCCUGGCUGAUGCGGGCGACACCGUGGACGACGCCAACUUCGUGGAGGAGACUGCCAACGCGGCCAUCCUCAGGCUCACCAAGGAGAUGACGUGGAUGGAGGAGGUGCUGGCGUCAGCAGCCACAGAGGGAGGGCUUCGGAGCGGAGAGGAGCGGUCGUUUGCCGACCGGGUGUUUGAGAACGAGAUCAACCUGGCUGUGGCUCUCUCCAAGGCGGCCUAUGACAGCAUGCUGUUCCGAGAGGCGCUUAAAACGGGGUUCUUUGACCUCCAGCUCGCUCGUGACGAGUACCGCCUGUCGUGCGGGGCAGCGGGCAUGCACAAGGAUCUGCUGCUGCGGUUCUGCAAAGUGCAGACGCUGCUGCUCAUGCCGAUCUGCCCUCACUAUGGUGAGCACGUGUGGAGAAACAUUUUGAAGCUGCCCGGAGCAGGCAUCACGGCUGGAUGGCCGGAAGCAGCGCCUGCUGACAUGACGCUCAAGGCUGCCAACACAUACCUACAGGACUGCAUUGUUGACUUCCGCAAACUCAUCACCAAGCAGCAGGCGUCAGCAGGAGGGGGUGGAAAGGCCAAGGGCGGGAAAGCAGCACCCGCAGCAGCAGCAAGCAAGGAGGCGCCGAGGAUAGCGGUGGGGCGGGUGUUUGUGGCUGAGAAGUACGGCGGGUGGCAGGAGGACUGCCUGAGGCUGCUGCAGCAGCACUUUGACGCAGAGAAGAAGGCGUUUGCGGAGGGUGCUGACAUCAUGGGCGAGCUGAAAGCCAGCCCCGUCGGACAGAGGCCCGACUUCAAGAAGCUCAUGGGGCAGUGCAUGGGGUUCAUCCGUUUCAAAAAGGAUGCGGCUCUCGUGCACGGGGCUCAGGCCCUGGACGUGAAGCUGCAGUUCGACGAGGCAAACGUGUUGCGAGAAAAUGCUGACCUCAUCAAGCGCCAGCUGCAGCUGGAGGAGUUCUCAGUGUUCCUCACUUCGGACUCUGAGGCUGUUGCUGCCGUCAAUCCCAAGGACGCCUCGCGCAUCGCUGCUGCUGUGCCAGGCUCCCCUGUCGCAAUCUUCUCAGCAGCAUCAUAGACAUCAUCACAACACUAUUGGUGCCUUUGAGCAUGUGAGCAAUUUUUGUAGGGUUGAAACAAGGCAUUCCUUGGAAUGCUUUUUAGAAAUUCAUGUAAUAGGCGACGUGGCCUAUGCAGAGUAUGCCUACCCAGUGCUUUGGGUACUAGAUCCUCUUUGUACUGAUGUGCUUACCAGACCUCCCUCUCUUGCUCCACAUCUCGAGAACAUAUUUGCCAGUUAGCCGAGCUUAAUGGACUGU